AUGGAAGGGCGGAAAGAAAGAGAGGAAGAGAGCGACGUGAACCAAGGGAGUAGGAGAGUCUUGGGUUACAGGAGCGUUAAGGCGGUUGGGUUUGUUGGCGAGGAUCGUAGCAGGGGAUCUAUUUUUCCUCUGUGUCUGGAUCCCUCCUCCCUGCCGUGGACCCCAGGAGAGUUAGGGGCCGGUGGGCCAGAGAGGACAGGGGCGUGGGGUAGCAUGGGACAGAGUGCCAGCUAUGCUGAGACAGUGCCCCAGCAACACCAACUGCAACCUGCUCAACACAACACUGGUGAGUCCAGGGACAGAACAGGAACCUGUACAGAACCUGAGGACAUUAGCUUUUGUAUUUGUUUUUGGAAGAGGAGUUUGUGAAGUAGCCUACUCAGUAGAGCGCUAUUUGUUUGUGUUAGUGUGGAAGAACAGAGGAUGUAACAGGACCUAAGGACCUGCUUUUGUAUUGGUGGUCUCCAGCUGAGUCUUUGGAAGAGGAGUUUUUUUGUGGAAUGUUUUGUAGAGUGUUUGUGUUAGCAUGGAAGAGAAAGGGUAGGCGGAUAUGGAAGAGAUGUGUUGUAGGUGUUUUUGUGUUGGAAGGGAGAGAGAGAGGAGGCAGAGAAGGGCAGGCACAAACAGGUGUGAGGGAAUGUAUGCUGAUGGAAUGUGGUGAUUGUGUAAUUCACCAACCCACUCCGCUGUCUAAACUCCUCUUUUUCCCUCGCUGUCUCUCCCCCCUUGUUUUACGAUGGAACAUGGGAUUCUUUAUUAAAAACAGUGGAGCUUGGAGUGCAAGGCACCAGCUGCCAUUGUUUGUGUGUGUGUGUCUCAGGACUCCAUCUCUUAUUAUGGCGUUGUACAGUUUGCCUAGCCUAAAGCCCCCAUCGUUCCACUCCCUCUAAUACACAGAGACAAACACAGAAACCUGUUUUUGCUGCUGUGGCUGUGUCUGUCAGAGGGCGGAACACAUAACUGUUGGAUUUGGACAACUUGACUGUUCCAUAGUAAACUGUGUGCAGAGAGAGGUCUCUUGAUGGCAUGGUGGCUCAGUAUAGUUAUUUAGGCUUGGAUUGUGAGUUCUAGUCAGUGAGAAGAACACAUUACUGCUGGGUUUAGGCCUAAAUGUCGUGAUCUCUGUACCAUGUGGGGUGGUGGCUCAUCUGAGAUUGUCUUGGAGGUGAUGGGGUAAAGCAGCAUGCUAAUUUCUGUGGACAAUAGACAAUAAAGUCCUCUCCCUGUUAUCCUGCUUCUUCUUGUGCUCAACUUUAUUGGGCUUGUAUUGUGGGUUUCUGAUUCAUCUGUAAUUUAGCCCCCGUUGGUUUUUUUCCUUUGUAAAAAUGUGAACCACAUGACAUGGUCUGGUCAGUCAGUGUUUUCUGUGUAAUGUUGUGGACUUUCAUAGGUUAGCAUUGUUUUGUUGUGCACUGCACUUUCAACUCUUUAAUAACUAAACAAAUGACAUGCCUUGGUUUAGCUAUUUUAUCUGAACAACUGGGUUUUAUAUUGGAGCCCGUUGGGGAAUGUUAAUGUUGUGUAGGCAUAGUAGUAAGUAUUGCGUACUUUAAACUGAGUUGGUAAAGUUAUGUAAUGUAGUUAUUACAUACAAUAAACUUGUAACACAUGGUGACAAAUACAGUGCAACACAGAGUGCUUUCGGAAAGUAUUCAGACCCCUUUUUCCACAUUUUGUUACGUUACAGCCUUAUUCUAAAAUUGAUUAAAUAAAAUACAAAAUCCUCAUCAACCUACACACAAUACCCCAUAAUGACAAAGCGAAAACAGGUUUUUUAGAAAAUUUUGCACAUUUAUUACAAAUAAAAAAACAAAUACCUUAUUUACAUAAGUAUUCAGACCCUUUGCUAUGAGACUCGAAAUUGAGCUCAGGUGCAUCCUGUUUCCAUUGAUCAUCCUUGAGAUGUUUCUACAACUGGAUUGGAGUCCACCUGUGGUAAAUUCAAUUGAUUGGACAUGAUUUGGAAAGGCACACGCCUGUCUAUAUAAGGUCCCACAUUUGACAGUGCAUGGGUGGUCUAUGGUGGGUGGUCUAUGGUGAUAGGUGGGGUAGACUUAGAGUGGCUGAGGGGUGGGAUUAAAGAGUGUUUGGUAAUGUAUUAUUGUUAUGUGACUGCGUUAUGUAAAAUGUAUACACUACCAGUCAAAAGUUUGGGGGGGAAAAAAAGGGGUUUUCUUUAUUUUUACAAUUUUUUUACAUUGUAGAAUAAUAGUCAAGACAGCAAAACUAUGAAAUAACACAUAUGGAAUCAUGUAGUAACCAAAAAAGUGUUAAACAAUUCAAAAUAUGUUUUAUAUUUGAGGAUCUUCAAAUAGCCACCCUUUGCCUUGAUGACAGCUUUGCACACUCUUGGCAUUCUCUCAACCAGCUUCACCUGGAAUGCUUUUCCAACAGUCUUGAAGGAGUUCCCACAUGCUGAGCACUCGUUGGCUGCUUUUCCUUCACUCUGUGGUCCAACUCAUCCCAAACCAUCUCAAUUGGGUUGAGGUCGGGGGAUUGUGGAGGCCAGGUCAUCUGAUGCAGCAUCCAUCACUCUCCUUCUUGGUAAAAUAGCCCUUACACAGCCUGAAGGUGUGUUGGGUCAUUGUCCUGUUGAAAAACAAAUGAUACUCCCACUAAGCCCAAACCAGAUGGGAUGGCGUAUCGCUGCAGAAUGCUGUGGUAGCCAUGCUGGUUAAGUGUGCCUUGAAUUCUAAAUAAAUCACAGACAUUGUCACCAGCAAAGCAACCCCACACCAUAACACCACCACCUCCAUGUUUUACGGUGGGAAUUACACAUGCGGGGAUCAUCCGUUUACCCACACCGCGUCUCACAAAGACACGGCGGUUUGAACCCUUAAUCUCAAAAUCUCCAAUAUAUUCCCCCCCCCCCCCCCCCCCCCCCCCCCCAAAAAAAAAUACAAAUAAUUAUGGUGACUUAGCAUAGUGAUUGCUGGUGUUUUAAGUUCAGUUGGAAUUGAUAGUUCUGGUGACCGUGAUAAAGUAUGAUUCCUCAGUUGUUCCUGAAUGGAACUGUCUGUACCCAAAUGAAAUAUAAUGUCCUGAGCUUUGCUGCGGCUACUACAUUUAGCCUAGACUAACCUUGAGAAGAACUACAGUACUGUAGGGAACUGCAUCUCUGAGUGUUCACUGUUUCCAGACCAGCACAAUUGCCAUGUGGCCUGGAUGUGGAACUACAGUAUUUACAGUACAUAUUAUGCACACUAGAUGGAUGUUUUCAGAUGCAUAUUGGCAUUUGGUCUGAUGUAAUCUUCAGGCUAGAGGACACAGACAAAACAACAACUGAACGCAAAGCUCUGGUGGGAUUCUUUCAUUUGUUUUGUUUUUGCUGGCACUGACUGGCUUCUGUCGCUUUCUCUUUCAAACGGUUUUCUCUGGAACUGAGGUGCCCUAGCCCUGGCACUUGCACCUGCCUGCCACAGGGAUAUCAACACUCCCAUCUUCCCUUUCUGAAUCCUGGCCCCGUCUCACACGACUUGCCAUUUCUUGUGUCUCCCAACCUCUCUCUCUUUGUUGUUUUGCUGUCCCUCUCUUUCUCUCUUUCUCUCUCGUCUUGCUCUCUCUACUCGUCUUUUAUAACAUUAUUAAUUUGUUUAGCAAACACCUUUGCCAUCAAAUAAUUGUACUGGUAUCCUGUUUUUAGCAUUCUUAGGUCUAUUCAUACUAUUUAGUGGCACGAUAUGCCUUCUCUCUCGCUCUCGCUCUCUCUCUUUCUCGCUCUUUGAAUCUGUCAAAUUGCCAAUCGAGUGAAUUCGAUCUGUUGCUCUCCACUUACCUUUGAUCUCUCUUUCUCAUGCCAGGGUGUUUUCAGGUAAGAGUCAGAAUAGAGGGGGAUGAGGGAGAGAUGGAAGGAGUGGGAGGAUGAGGGGAAUUGAGGAUGAAGUUGCAAAUUGCCUCUGUCCUAAAGUGUGACCCAUAGACUGGAUUGGUGUGACCUCAGCAAAACAAGGCAGAUGACUGUAACAUAUGUCUGGUGUUUUAUAUAGAACUCAUGCUAUUAAAAGCUUCCUGGCUGGUUCCUUAGGGAGUGCAUUGAUUCAGUCAGUCAACCAUCAACAUGCUGUAUGUCCUAAGCACCGUCCUUUUGUGCAGCAAGUGUUUAUGUGUGGUUGACUCAUCACCUAAGAAUGUGUGGAUAUUUCACUCCCAUAAUGAGUCUUCCGGUAUCUAUAACAUGGUUUACAGCAGCAUGUGAUGUCAUCAGCUGGAGACCAGUUAUGAGUCAUGGUUUCUGGGAGACUAACCUUAUCCUCUCCAAUGUGUUGCUUGUUUGUUUAUUCUUCUCUCUGUCUACAGUUUCUGUAGUAAUUAUGUUUGUACUCUUGACUGUAAGUGUGAUGGGCUUAUGUUUGUAUUGAAACAGUAUUGAAACCAUCCCACUCAGACUUCUCCCUACCAGAAUGGAAAGACAAUCUCCGUUCAAUGUUAGAAACUCUUGAGUUAGAGAAGCAGCCAAAGAUGUAUUAUCAAUAUACCAAUAUAAGAAUCUCUGCCAGCUGGUACAACUCGGCAGCCAAUAAGAGUGGAAUUCAGAGCAGCCUUCAGCUUUAAGCCUGGCUCACAGUCUGUACUGUGGUCAAGUAUAACACACACACUCUGUACUCUAACAUGACAGUGGAAGGUAGCACCAACCAGCUCAGGCCUAGUUCAUACUGUAACGAAACUGUUGAAGACAUACUGUAGCACUGUAGAGUUAGUUGGGGCCUAGCCUAUCAUCAUUUUCUAUCCUCCUUGCUUUCAUCUUAUGUCUUGUAAUAAGCAUCAUGCCACUCCCCUCCCUCCCUCUUUCCCUCCCUCUCCAGAUGAUGAAGUGGACUUGCAGCAUAGUACGACAGGGAGCGAGGGGGGGAACUCAUCAGGCGAAACCCCUCCCUCCAAACGCAAGGGCAAGUUCUCCAGCUUCGGCAAUAUGUUCAAGCCCUGGAAGUGGAGGAAGAAGAAGAGCAGUGAGACGUUUAUCGAAACCUCAAUAGGUACCUACCCUUUAGAAAUAGUAACAUUGAUGUAUGGAUUGUACAGCACUGUAAGGACCUGUCAGCUGAAGUCUUCAUGGUCUCAGACAAGGUUACUCAUCAAGCCACCUUUGUUACGGGAAAAUGAAACUUUUGUUUACUUUCAGUGUUGGAGAGGAAGAUCUCGGUAAGGAGACCUCGUCAGGAGCUGAUAGACAGAGGAGUACUGAAAGAACUUCCAGAGAAUGGUAUGUAGACCAAGGCCCGUAUCCACAAAGCCUCUCCGAGUAGGAGUGCAGAUCUAGGAUCAGUUUAGCCUUUUAGAUCAUAAUGAAUACGAUUAUAUGGACAGAUCCUAGAUCAGCGCUUUUACUCGGAGAUGCUUUGUUUAUACGGGCCCUGACAGGCAAAGGACCUACAGAGAUAAUAAUAAUAAUAAUAUGCCAUUUAGCAGACGCUUUUAUCCAAAGCGACUUACAGUCAUGCGUGCAUACAUUUUUUGUGUAUGGGUGGUCCCGGGGAUCGAACCCACUACCUUGGCGUUACAAGCGCCGUGCUCUACCAGCUGAGCUACAGAGGACCACGUAGUAGCCUAUAUUUUAUCAAUGAGAAACAAAACUGUAGUAGGGUAACGAUUUUAGAGAAUGUUGAGAUGUAGAGAAUGUCUUUGCUGACCUCAAAUUCUUUAUCAGAAUGUGUUUCUGUGUGACAGAGAGCAACGAUGUGAACCACUCUAAAGGUCCGCUGGUGAAGAAUGGCCAGCCAGUACCCAUGAACGUUGACCGGGUCUCAGAGUCAGGGGUCAGGGGGUCCCGGGGGGAGCCAGGCCCAGGGCUCAACCCCACCUGGCUGCCCCAGGGAGAGGACCCCCGGCGGGGCACUGUCUCUUCAGACGACCCCCGGAGCAGGAGCAGGGUGCCCUCCGAUGCCUCGCGCUCCAACCGAGCCCCACUGGACGUAGACUCGCACACCAGGAUAUCGGCCAUAGAUCUGGCAAGACGGAGCAGACUGCCCUCUGACGUGUCGGAGAGGAGAGGAGGGUCACUACCGAGAGGGCCUGCUCAGGAGGAGGGGAAGCACCGGAGAGAGGGGAAAGAGGACAAGAGAGAGGAGAGGAAAGAGGGGAAGGAGGAAAGGAAAGAGGACAGGAGAGAGGGUAAAGAGGACAGGAGAGAGGGUAAAGAGGACAGGAGAGAGGGUAAAGAGGACAGGAGAGAGGGUAAAGAGAAUAGGAGAGAUCCUCGUGAUGAGAGAGAAAGAAAGGAUCAGAGGGAGAGGGAGGAGAGAGACCGGGAGGGAGGGGAACAGAGGGAUGAGAAAGACAACAGGGAAAAGAGAGACCAGAAAGAUGACAGGGAGAGGAGAGAUGAUAGGGUAGGGAAAGAAGAGAGGGACCGAGAUGAUCGAGAGAGGGAGGACAAGGAGAAGAGAGAUGGGAAAGGAGGAAAAUAUGACAGAGAGGGAAAAGAGAAAAGAGACGACUGGAGAGAUGAGAAGAGAGAUGAUCGAGAGAGGAGAGAUGACCGGGAAAGAAAAGAUGAUAAGAGAAUCGAUCGUGAAAAGCCAGACGAAAGGAGAGAUGAUCGUGAUCGCAGAGACGAUGGGGAAAAGAGGGGGGAGGAGAGGGAUAGGAGAAGUAGUCCUAGGGCUGGGAAACCAGAGACCCUCUUGAGACCUGUAGAAGGGAACCGUCCAGUGGUCAGACCCCACUCCGAGAUAGAGCUGAGACCCAGUAUGCAGAAGACCUCCUCAGUGGACCUCCGUAGCAGGCUCCGCCCUGCCUCCGAGGCUUACCGCGGGAGCACCCUGCCCAAGUACAUGCCAUCUGAGGAGACCAAAGGAGGGGAGACCCGCGGAAGAGCAGGUAAGAAACUGCCUGGGGACGUAAAAGUCAAUGCACUCACUUGUACGUCGGAAGGUUGCUCUGCAGUUGUGUUGAAGUUCAAUAAUUAUUAGUGGAAAAAAGUAUUUCAAAGCACCACCCCCAGUUUAUUGGGCACUUUGCAAGGGCAAUGUGUUACUCUCUGCUAGUUGAGUGUCUAGGAUAUUCUUUCCAUUCUACUGCGUGUAUAUCUGGUAACUCGUAAAUCUCCUUGUUCUCACCCCUGUGAAAGGUGUGAGGACUUGACCAGAAUCUGUCUUUAGUUAGUUAAUUUGUUAAAAAGCUGCUUAUUGUCUAACGUUGAGUUGCAGCUUAUCUCAGCGCUGUGUUCUAUGUGCUCAGCACUGUACAGUAACAGUGUGUUUGUUGUGGCUGCACUUUCAGCCUCAGGGACCAGGGGGAAUAGAAACACUUAUUGUCCUCCUUACCGCUCUGUGUGUGGUGUGUCUCUCCAUGUCCUGUCUGUAGAGUCCACUGGUGUCCGCUUCGCCCCUGGCCCCACCCCAGACCCUGACUCCGCCUUUAACUCCUCCUCCUCCCGGAGAGCGCAGCCUCCUACCAAACAGGCCAUGCUCCCUCCCAAGGGCCAACCCACCAGCACCACCUCCACGGAGCUUGGCCGGACCUCCACCCCACCUUCCUCCUCCACCUCCUCUGCUAUAGCGGUGGCCAAGCCACCCAGGACGGUCUCCCUGGUCAUCAGUGAUGACUCUCCUCCUCCUCCCACCCACUCCAGCCCCGUCCCCCCUGCGCGGUCCAGCCAUGUACCCCCAUCCUCCACCACGGGGGAGUCGGCCACCCCUCCCCCUGUACCCCCCCAUGCCAAGCAGCCACCUGUACCCCCACCCAAGCCCUCCAACCGGAACAGCCAGGCCGCUCUGCUUGGUGAGUUUACCCUGCCUUUGCUCCAUGUUUGUACUGCUGUUUAGCUCCAUAAUGUACUGGUUAUAAUUGUACUACGUAGGUUUAUGGAUGAGUUAAGUCCUGUACCCUUCAAGUAAAGUGUUACAAUUACGUUUGACCUUUUUGAACCCAAAGCAAUGACUCUGGUGUUUCUAAGUGGCCUUUGCUGUUUCAACAGAAUGUGUCCUCCGGCAGUAUAGUGGUUACUCUCGAUGCGUACUGAAACGCAGGGUGUUCUAUGCAGUACCUAGGCCUUUUCUCAAUUGGAUUUGCUCAACUCCUGCAUCCUCUCACAUCCUUUUGAAAAAGGUCAAAGGUAAUCGAGGAGAGGUGGCGAGGAGAGGGAACGUGGACGAAAAUGCGCUUGUAUGAAAUGACUGUCCUCCACUCGCAUCAGGCAAAUUACGUUUACAAGGGUGGAUCCCAAAAUAAAUGUGUAAAGUGAAAUUAAGUUGUGCACAACAUUUUAUAGAUAAAACGAUAAGUAGCAUAUCGUUUUUAAACGUUUGCAUCCUUUUCUCCUUCGAGAAAACAAUGGGGUGUGGCAGAUUUCAAAACGCUUCCGUGAAGGACUCGUGUAGGGUACACUUGCGCUUCCUCGCCAAAAGGAGACUAUCGAGGAGGGGAGGACCAUCUUCUGUUUGCCUACUAACGAAUUGACACUCUCCUCGAACACUCAUCAGUUUCCUGGUCACGGAGGAGAGAGGACAGACUUUUGUCCAAACAAGAAAAGGCCCUAGUCUGCAGUUUGUACAGCGAGUCUCCAAAGAGAGGGGCAGGCAAGGGCUUGUCUUUGCCGCGUUUAUGCAAGCACAACUCUCACACACACACACACACAACGCCGUGCUGGUACUCCUCCGACAGGCCUGGAGCAACUCCAGAGCAUCGAGGGCUCUGAUUGGCUGCCUCAGUAUUCCAUGUCCGCUGCCCUAGGUCUGGAGCCCAUUCCAACAGUCUGUAUAGUAACAGUGGUUUUGACACAAUUAGAAAAGUCCUAUGCCAUUCUGAAGGCAUGGUCCUCAUAGAUACGUUACUCCAUUUCACGCUCGCACACUGUAUACAUACAAUGGGGAGAACACGUAUUUGAUACACUGCCAAUUUUGCAGGUUUUCCUACUUACAAAACAUGUAGAGGUCUGUAAGUUUUAUCAUAGGUACACUUCAACUGUGAGAGACGGAAUCUAAAACAAAAAUCCAGAAAAUCACAUUGUAUGAUUUGUAAGUAAUUAAUUUGCAUUUUAUUGCAUUACAUAAGUAUUUGAUACAUCAGAAAAGCAGAACUUAAUAUUUGGUACAGAAACCUUUGUUUGCAAUUACAGAGAUCAUACGUUUCCUGUAGGUCUUGACCAGGUUUGCACACACUGCAGCAGGGAUUUUGGCCCACUCCUCCAUACAGACCUUCUCCAGAUCCUUCAGGUUUCGGGGCUGUCGCUGGGCAAUACGGACUUUCAGCUCCCUCCAAAGAUUUUCUAUUGGGUUCAGGUCUGGAGACUGGCUAGGCCACUCCAGGACCUUGAGAUGCUUCUUACGGAGCCACUCCUUAGUUGCCCUGGCUGUGUGUUUCGGGUCGUGGUCAUGCUGGAAGACCCAGCCACGACCCAUCUUCAAUGCUCUUACUGAGGGAAGGAGGUUGUUGGCCAAGAUCUCGCGAUACAUGGCCCCAUCCAUCCUCCCCUCAAUACGGUGCAGUCGUCCUGUCCCCUUUGCAGAAAAGCAUCCCCAAAGAAUGAUGUUUCCACCUCCAUGCUUCACGGUUGGGAUGGUGUUCUUGGGGUUGUACUCAUCCUUCUUCUUCCUCCAAACACGGUGAGUGAAGUUUAGACCAAAAAGCUAAAUUUUUGUCUCAUCAGACCCCAUGACCUUCUCCCAUUCCUCCUCUGGAUCAUCCAGAUGGCCAUUGGCAAACUUCAGACGGGCCUGGACAUGCGCUGGCUUGAGCAGGGGGACCUUGCGUGCGCUGCAGGAUUUUAAUCCAUGACGACAUGGUGUGUUACUAAUGGUUUUCUUUGAGACUGUGGUCUCAGCUCUCUUCAGGUCAUUGACCAGGUCCUGCCGUGUAGUUCUGGGCUGAUCCCUCACCUUCCUCAUGAUCAUUGAUGCCCCACGAGGUGAGAUCUUGCAUGGAGCCCCAGACCGAGGGUGAUUGACCGGCAUCUGAACUUCUUCCAUUUUCUAAUAAUUGCGCCAACAGUUGUUGCCUUCUCACCAGCUGCUUGCCUAUUGUCCUGUAGCCCAUCCCAGCCUUGUGCAGGUCUACAAUGUUAUCCCUGAUGUCCUUACAUAGCUCUCUGGUCUUGGCCAUUGUGGAGAGGUUGGAGUCUGUUUGAUUGAGUGUGUGGACAGGUGUCUUUUAUAUAGGUAACGAGUUCAAACAGGUGCAGUUAAUGCAGGUAAUGAGUGGAGAACAGGAGGGCUUCUUAAAGAAAAACUAACAGGUCUGUGAGAGCCGGAAUUCUUACUGGUUGGUAGGUGAUCAAAUACUUAUGUCAUGCAAUAAAAUGCAAAUUAAUUACUUAAAAAUCAUUCAAUGUGAUUUUCUGGAUUUUUUUUUAAGAUUACGUCUCUCACAGUUGAAGUGUACCUUGAUAAAAAUUACAGACCUCUACAUGCUUUGUAAGUAGGAAAACCUGCAAAAUCGGCAGUGUAUCAAAUACUUGUUCUCCCCACUGUAGAUACAGUGGACAUCUGGUUGACAGUUGUGUACAGCAGAAAUGAUAGUAUUCAUUAUGUGGAUCUCCUCCCUGAUAAGCUUUCUGAGUCUGAAUUCUGAUUGGCUGCUACACUGACACACACACCUCACGAUUCAGUUCUGCACACUCAGCAAGUGUUAAAGCCUGCAGCUGAUGUUAUUUUCCCUGCAUGUCUCCUGGCUAAUCACAAGAGUGUCAUCAGUCAAUGGUUAUACAACUCUGUCAUUGGUCAUAUACCAUACAGGAUCCACAGAAUGCAAACAUCCAUUCUGUCACUGCAAGAGAGCAGCGGUUUACGUAUCAUCACAGUAUAUGCAUACGAUAGGCCUACGUCCUCACCAGCCUGUAAACAGACAAUCAUGAUGCCUGGCAGUUUUCUAUAUCCGAAGUCUAUCCUUAGGUUAGAUAUAGAUAUAUAUUAGGUUAGAUAUUAAUUCAGGAAACAAUCUGCCUAGCUGGGCAACAGUGGCCAGUUAUUCAGUGUCCCACACCUUCAACCAGCCUGCUGAAGGCCUUGACCUCUGACCUCACAUCUCUGGCAGCGUCCACAUUGAACAGGGCCUCCAGGGUCCACGGUCCCCAUCCUCCUCACUACUGGACCAGCUGCAGAAGGCAGGGGGAGCUGGGCCUCUACCCCUCCCUGCCCACCUACCUCCACUGUCGACGGGCUGAACAAGCCUGCUCAGGUACCCUGUCAUGAGGGGCACAACCCAAGCCUGCCAUGCCACGCUGUGACGCUGUCCAUCCAUGGGCUUAGCACUGAAUAACCAUAACCGCUCCACAGCACGUGUUGUGGCACACCACCAAGUCUGAUGGGUUAGUCUGACAGUGCAUGGCACUGGAACAACGGAUUAACUGUUCCCCAUUCUGCCCAUAGCAAGUGAUGUGAUGCACCACCAGCAUAGAUUGAUCGUCCCCCACUACUUCAUUCAUUGCAUGUCGGAUUGAGUUGUGGCUGAACUGACUGAAUGAACUUGACUUGGCUGGAAUGAAAACAAUGCAUGGAAGUUAGGCUAACUGCCAGGCAGUGUGCCCCAGCUUGUUGAAUGUGUCUUCUUUGACUUCAAAGAGAGGUCAAGAGAGACUGCUGAGACGUGUGAAAUGACUUCAAAAUAAUGGAUUCCGACGAAUAAAAUGCUUUUCAGGUUGUUCAGGCUUUAAUACUGCACUGAAUGAUUUCCAUCUGAACCAUAGGAUAAGAUGUAGGCCAUGCUGCUAAUAUCUGGACCUGAUAUCAUCAUGCUUUUUAAAAUAUAUCCCAUCCAUCCACAGGUUAAACAUGCAUUGUGCCUUCAUGAAACUAAACAACUAAACAAAUCCUUUAACCAGUUUGCUUGAGUGUGAAUGCCCUCGCUCUUUCCCUCUGACCUUCUCUGUCAGUUCUGUCCUUGUAAAUGACUAGUAUUCAUUCUGUUGUGCAUUUUGUUCCAUAGCAGAGCUCUCUCAGGCUGGCAGUGGUGUCAUCGUGUUUCCUGCCCCCACCAGGCGCUCUCCACCCACUCCGCCCAAGAGGAUGACCCCCGUCACCAAGCGCCACUCUGAAGACCCAUCCCCUGAGGCAGAGACCUCCGGCCCCUCUAGUCCUGUCCCAGUCCCAGUCCCAGUCCCCGUCCCCGUACCUACUGUCCCCGUACCCACCAGCACAGUCCGAGACGACAACCGGGACACCCUCAGGGCAGUAGGCCUCCAACUACCCACCUCUGACCCUGCACCAGCACCCCGACCUCUGUCCCAUAUACCCAUGUCCGCUCCCAGCUCCCACCCACCGCUCCCCAACCCUGCCUCCGUCCCCCUCCCUAUCUAUCAGAAGGACCCUCCCAGCCCCACCACAGAGCCACCCAGCCACCCCCCAGCCUCAGUCCCAUCCAUCCCCCUGCACAUCCUGAUCCAGCGGGCCCUGUGCUCCCCCAGCCCGGCCCAGGCUAACCCAGACGGAUCCCAGAGAGCCCACUCCAUGCUGUUUGAGUCCCCUCCAGAGUUUCUCACUGAGGCUGGAGUCCGACGCUCUCUACCCAUCACCAUAGAACCCCUCAGACUGUGAGUACACUACUGAACUUAUCAUACUUCCAUAAUGUCACAGCAUGUCAAUUAACCACAAUACAAACUGGAACAAUAUUUACGUUGAGCUAAAAACGUGGCUCCAAUCAUUACAAUAGAAAAAGACAAGUACUGUAUAUUCAUACUUCAAACCCACUUGAUCACACUCUAUUCAAGAGUCAGACUCAAUUGUUGACAUUUCUCCCUCAAUCUCUCUCUCGCUCCCUCUCUCCAGACCUGAGGAUGAUGACUUUGACAUGCAGGAGGAGUUGGAGAAGCUUCACCCCAGGCGGAUGCUGCCCCCCCAGCCCCCCAGGCAGCUUGAGCUGGAGCCCAGGAGCAGGAGGGUUCUGGUGGGGGAACCCAGGGUCAGUGUGAUUCCAGAGGGCCGGGGUCCCGGAGACAGCAGUGAGGAGGAGGAGGAUGAGGAGACAGACUCUGACGGACCCAUCCUCUACAGAGAUGACGAUGAAGACGAGGACGAAGAGCCACCAAGUAAGUCGAUCUGAAGUCUGUUGAUAAUAUCACAUGGGUCUGGUGUUGAUUUAGUUAGCAGAUCUGAAGUCUGUUGAUAAUAUCACAUGGGUCUGGUGUUGAUUUAGUUAGCAGAUCUGAAGUCUGUUGAUAAUAUCACAUGGGUCUGGUGUUGAUUUAGUAAGCAGAUCUGAAGUCUGUUGAUAAUAUCACAUGGGUCUGGUGAUGAUUUAGUAAGUAGAUCUGAAGUCUGUUGAUAAUAUCACAUGGGUCUGGUGUUGAUUUAGUAAGCAGAUCUGAAGUCUGUUGAUAAUAUCACAUGGGUCUGGUGUUGAUUUAGUAAGUAGAUCUGAAGUCUGUUGAUAAUGUCACGUGUCUGGUGUUGAUUUCAAUCUCAGAAGUCGAAUUGAAAGAAUGAAAAAGUACAAUACUAUCAAGGAAGGCCCUUUCAUUAUUAGUAAAAAAUUCCAUAUGAGCCUGUAUCUAUCUUUCUAUUUUCUUCCUUCAUUGUAUGUAUUUUACUACCGUAUUUUCCGCACUAUAAGGCGCACCGGAUUAUAAGGCGCACCUUCAAUGAAUGGCCUAUUUUAGAACUGUUUUCAUAUAUAGGGCGCACCGGAUUAUAAGGCGCAUAGAAUAGAAUAUUCUGCAGUCAAACGUUUGACUGGGGUUGCGUUAUGCAUCCACUAGAUAGAGCUGUGCUAAAGGGAAUGUCAACAAAACAGUCAGAUAAAGUCAAACUUUAUUAAGCGUUCUGACAACUCCGUUCACUCCCAUGGUAACGUUGUUCAAACGUUAAUGUGCAUAUUAACAAUAUCUCCCAGCCUUGCUCACUCUUCUCCCAAACGUGGAGGGGAACUUUUCCCUGAUUCAGUAAACACGUAGUAAAAGAAACAGUCUGAUAUCACUAAAUCAAACGUUAGUGCAUAACUCAACAUUGUUCAGUUACGUAUAACACGUAAAGCUCAGUUUUUCAGUUCAAUCCCCGUCCACGAAUCCCUCGAAUUCUUCUUCUUCAGUGUCCGAUUUGAACAGUUGGGCGACUACGGCAUCCAACCUGCCCGGCUCCCUCUCGUCAAUAUCCGAGUCAGUGUCGCUGCUGUUGCCUGGCAGUUCAGAGAUUAUUCCUGCCUUUGUGAAAGCUUGGACCACAGUUGAGACUGAUAUAUCAGCCCAGGCAUCCACGAUCCAUUGGCAGAUAGUGGCGUAAGUCGCCCGGCGCUGUCUCCCCGUCUUGGUGAACGUGUGUUCGCCUUCUGUCAUCCACUGCUCCCACGCAGCUCGCAGUCUAGCUUUGAACGCCCUGUUGACACCAAUAUCUAGCGGCUGGAGUUCUUUAGUUAAUCCACCCGGAAUGACGGCAAGCUCCGAAUUAGUUUGCUUCACUUGUUUUUUGACAGCAUCGGUGAUAUGGGCGCGCAUGGAGUCGUAGAUCAAUAGGGACGAAGCUGUGUGGAAAAAGCCACCCGGUCUCUUGACGUAAAUUUCUCUCAGCCACUCACUCAUCUUUUCCUCAUCCAUCCAUCCCUUCGGGCUUGCUUUGACGACGCCGGCUGGAAAGUUUUCUUUUGGCAAGGUCUUCCUCUUGAAAAUAACCAUGGGUGGAAGUUUCUGGCAAUUAGCCUGGCAGGCGAGAACUACAGUGAAGGAUGACUUCUCAUUCCCUGUGGUGCGUACAGACACCGUACUGGUCCCCGUUUUCUCCACAGUGCGGUUCACGGGAAUAUCAAAGUCGUACUGAAACAUUUCAUUAUUAUUAAAUUGUUUUUAUUGGUUUUUCAUACUGAAACAUUUUGACAGAGCGCCUUGAGCACCGUGUACAACCAGUAUGGAUCAACCAAUUAACCAAUUGAUCCAUAUAUAAGGCGCUCUGGAUUAUAAGGCGCACUGUCGUUUUUUGAGAAAAUUAAAGGCUUUUAAGUGCGCCUUAUAGUGCGGAAAAUACGCUACUUGCAGGUAAAGCUAAACCAAAUGUAGUGUAAACUGAGUAGUUCACAAUGUGCAAACGUGAUGUAGAGCAAAGGUAUAUAGCCCCAGGUUAAACUGUGUGUCUGUGUUUGUCUGCACCACCCAGGUGCCUUGGCCAGCCGUGUGACGAGGAAGGACACCCUGGCCCUGAAGCUGGAGAGACAGCAGGAGAGAGAGGAGCAGGAGGGAGGAGAGGGACAGGAUGGAGUCGGCUGGCAGAGCAAGGAGCAGUGGGAGGCACUCAGGAACAAGAUCGGUACCACGCUCAACAGGUAACUACAUCUAGUUGUGUGUGUGCUCCCUUAUCCUGAACGUGUGUGUGGUCACUUGUCCUGAACAUGGUGUGUUUCUUUAAUCAGGAGGUUGAGUCAGAGACCCACAGCAGAUGAGUUGGAGCAGAGAAACAUCCUUCCAGGUAACAGUCUCUCUGUCAAUUCUAUUUUAUGUCUACAUUUCUGUCCGAUUUUAUUAUAGUUUUCCAGUCAAUAUCAACUUCAUGCUUCAUUCAUGUCCCCUCUGUUGCUUGAAUGUCCUUUACGUCUAGAUAGACAAGCAUCUCUCUGGUUUUACAUGUAACCAAAACUGUAUCUAAUACAGUGUGAAAUGUCAAUGUGUUGUAGACAUCUGCCAUACAUCAAUGUCUGUCUGCCCUAUAGAUGCCCCCUUGUGGUCUGUAAGAGUACUUCCAUACAAGAAAAGCUAUGCUUGCGUCAUGGUGCAAUUUGACCAUUGCACUUGUUUGUUCUUGAGUUUAGCAUUGGGACCAAAACGGUAGAGUGCCAACACUUUAAGAAUUUUUGAUCAUAUUUCCAAAAUGUAAAGUUUUCACAUGUCUUAUGGUUAUCCUCAGAGUACUAUGAAAGCACUACUUAAAAGCUUUGUCCUUAGACAUCUCUGUAAAAGGACUACAUAAUGUGCAGAGUGUGUCUAAGACAAAGGACUUGCUUGUCCCAGAGAGGGGAAAGACUGAUUUUAAAACGACUCCCGUUAGUAGACGCCAGGAGAAGCUCAGGGCCAGGAUCAGUGCUGGUCUAGGAUCAGGUCACCCCUGCCCAUAUAAUCAUAUUCAUUAUGAUCUAAAAGGACAAAAGGAUUCUAGAUCAGCAUUCCUAUUCUGAGAUGCUUAGUGAAUAUGGGCCCUCGUCCAGUCUACGUCUGUCUGUCUGUCUGUGACUGACUGACUGCUGUGUUUCUGUUCUGCCUCUGAUGGAAUGUCUUGUCUUAUUGUAGCCAGGAACGAAGCUGAUAUCAGGGCAGAGAGGAGUGAGAUCAAACGCAGACUCACCAGAAAGGUUCGCCUGAUACACACACUGCAGGAUGGAAACGCACACAGAUACAGUACACUAACCUGCAUAUACACACACACCACACACACACUGCAGAAUGAAAAUACACAUAGAUACAGUACACUAAACUGCAUAUACACACACACACACACACACACACACACUGGUGACAAAACAAUCAUACACAGAUACACAAAUAAAACACUCCAAUGUAACUAACCACCAUAAAGUCUUUAUCAUUUUAGUUCGACAGUCACUCAGUGUGUUUCCUCUCUACAUCCCACCCAGCUGUCCCAGAGGCCCACUAUUGCAGAGCUUCAGGCCAGGAAGAUCCUGCGUUUCCAUGAGUACGUAGAGUGUACCACGACUCAAGACUACGACCGCCGUGCAGACAAACCCUGGACCAAGCUCACUCCCUCUGAUAAGGUGAGACUCAGUUAAAGGGCAAUUUCAUGUUAAUAAUCUCCAGCACCAACCCAACAUCAUGUGAAACUGGCACGUUUCUAUGUUUUGUGGAAAAAAAUGGCAGAAGAUAGGUGUUUCCAAUGACAUCAUCAGUGUGUAUCAUGUGAUUUUGACCAAUUAUGAGUAGGCAUUGCCUAAUAAUUGCCUAAUUGUCUACUAAUUGGUUGAUGUCAUUAAAAACAAUUAAGCAGGUAGAUCUGCUUUUAAUAUUGCAGAUAGAUUGUAGCUUCCAUCAAUGUAAUUGUCUGCAUCAUUUCCAAUCCCCCAUAUAUUUUUUGUAAAUAUAUAUAUUUAUCUAAGUAGCCACCCUUUGCCCUGAUGACCGCUUUGCACACUCUUGGCAUUCUCUCAACCAGCUUCAUGAGUUAGUCACCUGGAAUGCAUUUCAAUUAACAGGUGUGCCUUGUUAAAAGUUAAUUUGUGGAAUUUCUUUCCUCCUUAAUGCAUUUGAGCCAAUCAGUUGUGUUGUGGCAAGGUAGGGGUGGUAUACAGAAGAUAGCCCUAUUUGGUAAAAGACCGUCCAUAUUAUGGCAAGAACAGAUCAAAUAAGCAAAGAGAAACGACAGUCCAUCGUUACUUUAAGACAUGAAGGUCAGUCAAUACGGAACAUUUCAAGAACUUUGAACGUUUCUUCAAGUGCAGUCGCAAAAAUCAUCAAGCGCUAUGAUGAAACUGGCUCUCAUGAGGACCGCCACAGGAAAGGAAGACCCAUAGUUACCUCUGCUGCAGAGGAUAAGUUCAUUAGAGUUACCAGCCUCAGAAAUUGCAGCCCAAAUAAAUGCUUCACAGAGUUCAAGUAACAGACACAUCUCAACAUCAACUGUUCAGAGGAGACUGCGUGAAUCAAGAAACCACUACUAAAGUACACCAAUAAGAAGAAGAGACUUGCUUGGGCCAAGAAACACGAGCAAUGGACAUUAGACCAGUGGAAAUUUGUCCUUUGGUCUGGAGUCCAAAUUGGAGAUGUUUGGUUUCAACCGCCGUGUCUUUGUGAGACACGGUGUGGGUGAACGGAUGAUCUCCGCAUGUGUAUUUCCCACCGUAAAGCAUGGAGGAGGAGGUGUUAUAGUGUGGGGUUGCUUUGCUGGUGACACUGUCUGAUUUAUUUAGAAUUCAAGGCACACUUAACCAGCAUGGCUACCACAGCAUUCUGCAGCGAUACGCCAUCCCAUCUGGUUUGCGCUUAGUGGUACUAUCACUUGUUUUUCAACAGCACAAUGACCCAACAUACCUACAGGCUGUGUAAGGGCUAUUUGCCCAAGAAGGAGAGUGAUGGAGUGCUGCAUCAGAUGACCUGGCCUCCACAAUCCCCCGACCUCAACCCAAUUUGAGAUGGUUUGGGAUGAGUCGGACCACAGAGUGAAGGAAAAGCAGCCAACAAGUGCUCAGCAUAUGUGGGAACUCCUUCAAGACUGUUGGAAAAGCAUUCCAGGUGAAGCUGGUUGAAAGAAUGCCAAGAGUGUGCAAAGCUGUCAUCAAGGCAAAGGGUGGCUGAAGAAUCUUAAAUAUAAAAUAUUUUGAUUUGUUUAACACUUUUUUGGUUAGUACAUGAUUCUAUAUGUGUUAUUUCAUAGUUUUGAUGUCUUCACUAUUAUUCUACAAUAUAUUUAAAAAAAAUUGAAUGAGUAGGUGUCAACUUUUGACUGGUAGUGUAUUUGUGUGUGUGUGUGUAUAUAUGUAUGUGUACAGUGGGGAGAACAAGUAUUUGAUACACUGCUGAUUUUGCAGGUUUUCCUACUUACAAAGCAUGUAGAGCUCUGUAAUUUUUAUCAUAGGUACACCUCAACUGUGAGAGACGGAAUCUAAAACAAAAAUCCAGAAAAUCACAUUGUAUGAUUUCUAAGUAAUUCAUUUGCAUUUGUAUUUGAUACAUCAGAAAAGCAGAACUUCAUAUUUAGUACAGAAACCUUUAAUUGCAAUUACAGAGAUCAUACGUUUCCUGUAGGUCUUGACCAGGUUUGCACACACUGCAGCAGGGAUUUUGGCCCACUCCUCCAUACAGACCUUCUCCAGAUCCUUCAGGUUUCGGGGCUGUCGCUGGGCAAUACGGACUUUCAGCUCCCUCCAAAGAUUUUCUAUUGGGUUCAGGUCUGGAGACUGGCUAGGCCACUCCAGGACCUUGAGAUGCUUCUUACGGAGCCACUCCUUAGUUGCCCUGGCUGUGUGUUUCGGGUCGUUGUCAUGCUGGAAGACCCAGCCACGACCCAUCUUCAAUGCUCUUACUGAGGGAAGGAGGUUGUUGGCCAAGAUCUCGCGAUACAUGGCCCCAUCCAUCCUCCCCUCAAUACGGUGCAGUCGUCCUGUCCCCUUUCCAGAAAAGCAUCACCAAAGAAUGAUGUUUCCACCUCCAUGCUUCAUGGUUGGGAUGGUGUUCUUGGGGUUGUACUCAUCCUUCUUCUUCCUCCAAACACGGCGAGUGGAGUUUAGACCAAAAAGCUCUGUUUUUGUCUCAUCAGACCACAUGGCCUUCUCCCAUUCCUCCUCUGGAUCAUCCAGAUGGUCAUUGGCAAACUUCAGACGGGCCUGGACAUGCGCUGGCUUGAGCAGGGGGACCUUGCGUGUGCUGCAGGAUUUUAAUCCAUGACGGCAUAGUGUGUUACUAAUGGUUUUCUUUAAGACUCUGGUCCCAGCUCUCUUCAGGUCAUUGACCAGGUCCUGCCGUGUAGUUCUGGGCUGAUCCCUCACCUUCCUCAUGAUCAUUGAUGCCCCACGAGGUGAGAUCUUGCAUGGAGCCCCAGACCAAGGGUGAUUGACCGUCAUCUUGAACUUCUUUCAUUUUCUAAUAAUUGCGCCAACAGUUGUUGCCUUCUCACCAGCUGCUUGCCUAUUGUCCUGUAGCCCAUCCCAGCCUUGUGCAGGUCUACAAUGUUAUCCCUGAUGUCCUUACACAGCUCUCUUGUCUUGGCCAUUGUGGAGAGGUUGGAGUCUGUUUGAUUUGAAUGUGUGGACAGGUGUCUUUUAUACAGGUAACGAGUUCAAACAGGUACAGGUAAUGCAGGUAAUGAGUGGAGAACAGGAGGGCUACUUAAAGAAAAACUAACAGGUCAGUGAGAGCCAGAAUUUCUACUGGUUGGUAGGUGAUCAAAUACUUAUGUCAUGCAAUAAAAUGCUAAUUAAUUGCUUAAAAAUCAUACAAUGUGAUUUUCUAGGAUUUUUGUUUUAGAUUCCGUCUCUCACAGUUGAAGUGUACCUAUGAUAAAAAUUACAGACCUCUACAUGCUUUGUAAGUUGGAAAACCUGCAAAAUCGGCAGUGUAUCAAAUACUUGUUCUCCCCAAUGUAUAUAUGUAUGUGUGUAUAUGUAAACAUUGGGGGGAAAAAGUAUUUAGUCAGCCACCAAUUGUGCAAGUUCUCCCACUUAAAAAGAUGAGAGAGGCCUGUAAUUUUCAUCAUAGGUACACAUCAACUAUGACAGACAAAAUGAGAAAAAAAAAUCCAGAAAAUCACAUUGUAGGAUUUUUUUAAUGAAUUUAUUUGCAAAUUAUGGUGGAAAAUAAGUAUUUGGUCAAUAACAGUUUCUCAAUACUUUGUUAUAUACCCUUUGUUGGCAAUGACACAGGUCAAAAGUCUUCAAGGUUUUCACACACUGUUGCUGGUAUUUUGGCCCAUUCCUCCAUGUAGAUCUCCUCUAGAGCAGUGAUGUUUUGGGGCUGUCGCUGGGCAACACAGACUUUCAACUCCCUCCAAAGAUUUUCUAUGGGGUUGAGAUCUGGAAACUGGCUAGGCCACUCCAGGACCUUGAAAUGCUUCUUACGAAGCCACUCCUUCGUUGCCCGGGCGGUGUGUUUGGGAUCAUUGUCAUGCUGAAAGACCCAGCCACGUUUCAUCUUCAAUGCCCUUGCUGAUGGAAGGAGGUUUUCACUCAAAAUCUCACGAUACAUGGCCCCAUUCAUUCUUUCCUUUACACGGAUCAGUCGUCCUGGUCCCUUUGCAGAAAAACAGCCCCAAAGCAUGAUGUUUCCACCCCCAUGCUUCACAGUAGGUAUGGUAUUCUUUGGAUGCAACUCAGCAUUCUUUGUCCUCCAAACACGACGAGUUGAGUUUUUACCAAAAAGUUCUAUUUUGGUUUCAUCUGACCAUAUGACAUUCUCCCAAUCCUCUUCUGGAUCAUCCAAAUGCACUCUAGCAAACUUCAGACGGGCCUGGACAUGUACUGGCUUAAGCAGGGGGACACGUCUUGCACUGCAGGAUUUGAGUCCCUGGCGGCGUAGUGUGUUACUGAUGGUAGGCUUUGUUACUUUGGUCCCAGCUCUCUGCAGGUCAUUCACUAGGUCCCCCCGUGUGGUUCUGGGAUUUUUGCUCACCGUUCUUGUGAUCAUUUUGACCCCACAAGGUGAGAUCUUCCAUUUCCUAAUAAUUGCUCCCACAGUUGAUUUCUUCAAACCAAGCUGCUUACCUAUUGCAGAUUCAGUCUUCCCAGCCCGGUGCAGGUCUACAAUUUUGUUUCUGGUGUCCUUUGACAGCUCUUUGGUCUUGGCCAUAGUGGAGUUUGGAGUGUGACUGUUUGAGGUUGUGGACAGGUGUCUUUUAUACUGAUAACAAGUUCAAACAGGUGCCAUUAAUACAGGUAACGAGUGGAGGACAGAGGAGCCUCUUAAAGAAGAAGUUACAGGUCUGUGAGAGCCAGAAAUCUUGCUUGUUUGUAGGUGACCAAAUACUUAUUUUCCACCAUAAUUUGCAAAUAAAUUCAUUAAAAGUCCUACAAUGUGAUUUUCUGGAUUUUCUUUUCUCAUUUUGUCUGUCAUAGUUGACGUGUACCUAUGAUGAAAAUUACAGGCCUCUCUCAUCUUUUUAAGUGGGAGAACUUGCACAAUUGGUGGCUGACUAAAAUACUUUUUCUCCCCACUGUAUAUAUAUAUAUUUUUUUUCCUUUAUUAUUUUCUGCUAACCCUACCACCCGUCUCCUAAAUGGAGUAAACCAAUGAACAACAACACUUAGGCUUCUACUUCCAGCUUAUACGUACUAUAUACAUUUAAUGGACACAAUCUAUUUAACAAUAGUUAUAUUUUGUUUGUUUUUAGUUCUGUCCAUCCAGUUUGAUUUCUAUUUGCUGUUUCACAAAAGUUCUGAACCUAUAUACAUUUUAGACACAGUAUAUUUUACAUUUGUUAUCUUGUUGUUAUUAGUCCCACCCUUCAGCUCCAUUCAACCCCUCCCAUCUAUCUCUUAACACCAUCCAUAUUGAAUUUAUAUUUGCCAUAUAUUUGAUGCUUCACAAAAGUUCUGAACUUUUCUAUUCCCAUAGUUUCUACGGUUUAUAAAUUAAAGAAAAUGUUUUGCUAAAAGUAUUAUUAUAUUAUUAAUCGAUUGACUAUGACUUUUCAAAUCACCCGGUAUUGCUAUCUGCAGGUUUAGCUCCAGGUAAAUGUAGCAAUUCUUCAGUCAUUCCUGGACCUGUGAUCAAAAACAAGCUACCUAUGGACAGUACUGAAAAAAAUUAUCUAAUGACUCUCUCUUUGCAGAAAAAUCAUAUAUAUAUAUUUAUGAACAUUUUAUUGGUAGCAAGAAUUUUGUAUAAUAAUUCAAAUUGAAAAAUUCGAAGUUUUGAAUCCGGUGUCGUUUUGUGCCAUGGAAUCGGUACAUCGAAAAUCUCUUCCCAACUAUUUUGCAAUCUAUAUUGCACAGCUGUCAAUGUUUUGGUCCUUAAAUGAAACAGGUAUAUAUUUUUAUUUAUCACAAUUUUCAUUAACCAAUUUUGGUCUUUAAUGCAGGUCCAACAGACAAGUUCAUUACUUUUUCCCCCCUUCCACUUGCCUCUUCCAUUUUUGCAGUAAUGCUGCAAUUAGUUGGUUGUAAUUUUGGGUAGAGCAGACAUUUCCAUAUAUUUUUGUUAGCUGCAUGUGUGACAACUCCACCAGUCCUAUUGAUGAUAUCAUUUUCAAAGAUUAUACCUUUUUUAAACAUUUUAUCGAGAAAUAGUUUUUUUUAUCAAUUAGUAUAUUUGAAUUUAACCACUUUGUUGUAUUAUUUGUUCUGUCUUUUCUGGUGGAUUAAACUGAAAUGUCAUAUUUUUUUUACUUCAAAACAUAAAUGCACUAUUUUCAUAUGUUGAUGUUGAAGUGGUGCUGGAGAUGAUGAAUAUGAAGUUGUGAAAGAUUUUUUUUUAAUGGUAAGAGUGCUCUUCAACUGUGAUAUAGAGUCACGGUAAUAACAGCCUGUCACACACUUUUAAACAUUUGUACCUUUAUUUAUACCGGGAAGUCUUCUGAGGUUUAAACCUCUUUUCAGAAUGAGAGAUCCUUUACCAUUUCAGCAGGGUUUUGAAUUCUAGACAUAUACUGUGUCAAACAAAAAUCCCAAGAAUGCAAUAUAAUCGCUGCUUAAUGGCUGUGCUGAGUUGUCCCCAGGAUAUUACCUGGUCCAGUGAAGCUAGGAGAAGAGGUUGAAACUGAAAUGAUUGCAUACUUUCUGCUAUUCAAAGGUUUGAAAUCUGUGACCAUUUCUUAGAUGAAAACUGAGGUCUUAUAACAUUUGCUGUUUUGUUUUUUAAAGUUACAGAACUUUUAUUGACAAGUUAAAAUAUUGAAAAGUUAAUAUUUAUGAUUGGAUGGAAAUGUUGAGGUGCCAGGAUUUGGAUACGAGGCAGGAUUUGGAUACGUGUGCUAUCGCCAAUAUGUCUGACUCAGCUGGAGAGAAGAGCAGACACGGUGGCUUGCUUGUCAAUUAAUUAUCAUUGAAAAAAGCAGGAAUUCUGAAGUGUAGGCACUAAUCGUUUGAUCUGUUUGUCUGUACUGAACAGUAUUACAGAGUAGAACUGCUCUAGGUUGUUGCUGCCGGAGCGGUGAGUCAGGUGGUAUGUGAUGCAAUCUUCCCUCUAUUAUUUUAUAUUCUAUCUAGGCUGCCAUCCGCAAGGAACUGAACGAGUUCAAGAGCUCUGAGAUGGAGGUUCACGAAGAGAGCAGGAUUUAUACG